AUGGCCCUCCUGGCUCUCACCCUGGCACUGCUGGCAAUGACUGUGACCACUGCAGCCAUCAAGGUGGUGCCCCUGGACAUGGCCCAGGACUCCUUUCAUGACCAGUAUCGGGGUGGCUGCAGGCCUGCCGUGAUCGUGGCAUUGCCGGCCCUCAGCCACUUUGAGUUCCAGGUGAAUCCUCUGUGCACCCAGACCUGGGUGAAGGCCGAGGCUGAGUGGCACAAGCGGGGCUCCCCCUGUUCCCCUCUGGCGUCCCCAGCCCAGGCCGUUGCUCUCGUGGCCUACACAACAAAGGACAUUUACAAGGAGUUCAACGCAGCCGUGUGUGCGGCCGGGAGCUCCCGCCAUGAAUACCGGAACAACUUCCACUUCAAAACGCUGCAUUUCCUGCUGACCCAGGCCCUGGGGACACUGAGGCAUGCUCAGAAUGGGCAGUGUCACCACGUGUUCCGGGGUGUGCAUGGUGUCCGGUUCCAGGCACGGAGUGGCCAGAGGGACAGGAAAGACCUGGAGAUCCUGGAUGGCUGCAUGGAUGAUGACCACAGUGGAGCAUUUCUGUCACAAAGUGACAAAUAA